AUUCUAUGAAGGCAAUUGAAGAUGAAUUAGAAGAGAUAGAUUUUGAGUCUUUUUGUGCUAACAUAACAAAUAUAAACAUAUCAGUAGACAUGUCUCAAGAUUAUAAAUUAGAUAUUGAUGAAAUUGAUAUCACAUCUCAAGUUUUUAAAAUAGAACAAAAAAAAGAUAAUGAUGAAAUAGUAAAUAAUCAAAGACAGCAAACAGUUGUAUUAAAUCCGCAGCAUAACGAUUUUGAUAUAAAUGUAUUAGCAAUAAAUAUGUCAUAUGAAAAUGACAAUUAG